UGGUUCGGGAGAGAAGGUUGGAAGUCUUGUCAUUAGAGAUAUGGUAAAAUCCAGUCUACUUUUAAUUUGCUAGUUAAAACCCUUUUGAAAUAAUUAGUAAACCAAUUAUGAAUGGAUUGAAUAGAACUAUUACCCAGUCCAUACAUAUCUUACUUACCAAAGUAUUUUGAGACAUUUUAUCAGGUGCUUUGUUGAAAACCAGAUAGGUCUAUUGUAUCUCUUAGGCUUACUGAUAGAAAAUAAAGAGAAUCUGGCAUGAUUUAUUCUUUUUCCAAAUUGAAGUAUAGUUGAUUUACAAUUCUGUGUUAAUUUCUGCUUUAUAACAGUGACUCAGUUUUAUAUAUUCUUUUUUGGUAUUUUUUUCCCACCAUGGUAGUUUAUCACGGGAUAUUGAGUAUAGUUCCAUGUGAUACACAGUAGGACCUUGUUGUUUGUCCAUUCCAUAUAUAAUAGCUUACAUCUGCUAACCCCAACCUCCCACUCUAUCACUCCCCCAACCCUCCCCCCUUUGGCAACCAUAAAUCUGUUCUCUUGGGCAUGAUUGAUACUUAGUGCAUCUGUGCUGGCCCUAGUGAUUACUUCUGGUCAUCCUGUCACUAGUGUCAGCUUGACCAAUAUGAAUUUUGCUGUAUAUUUUCUCCUCUUUUUCCUGUCUCUAGUCUUCUGGUUCCUUUCCUAUUCUUCACAAUUCCUUAAAGGUCUCCAGAGUUAGUCUGUAGUUGUGCUUCUCAAACUUCAGUGUGUAAGUGAAUCUGCCAGAGAUCUUGUUACAAUAGAGGUUCUGAUUCUGGAGAUCUGGGAUGGAGCCUGAGAUUCUGCAUUUCUAACAAGCUUCUAGAUGCUGUUGAUGCUAUUGGUCUUCAGACCACAGUCUGUGUAGCUUGAAACCAGAAGACUUGGCGUUCUGGAUGAGAAAUCUAGAUUUAAAUGUUCCUUUAGAACAGGAAGGAGGUGUCUGGUUCAUUAAAAACCUGGCCUGCUCGGGGAUUUGUGCCAGCCUGGUCUGCGUGCCCUUCGACAUCAUCCUCAGCACCAGUCCUCACUGUUGCUGGUGGAUCUACACCAUGCUCUUCUGCAAGGUCGUCAAGUUUUUGCACAAAGUCUUCUGCUCUGUGACUAUCCUCAGUUUCCCUGCCAUUGCUUUGGACAGGUACUACUCAGUCCUCUAUCCGCUGGAGAGAAAAAUAUCUGAUGCCAAGUCCCGAGAACUAGUGAUAUACAUCUGGGCCCAUGCAGUGGUGGCCAGUGUCCCUGGGUUUGCAGUGACCAAUGUGGCCGACAUCUACGCCAUGUCAACCUGCACGGAAGUCUGGAGCCACUCUCUGGGCCACCUGGUAUAUGUUCUGGUCUACAACAUCACCACGGUCAUCGUGCCUGUGGCUGUUUCGUUCUUCUUCUUAAUACUGAUACGCCGGGCCCUGAGCGCCAGCCAGAAGAAGAAGGUUAUCAUAGCAGCACUGCGGACCCCACAGAACACCAUCUCUAUCCCCUACGCUUCCCAGCGGGAGGCUGAGCUGCAUGCCACGCUGCUGUCCAUGGUGAUGGUCUUCAUCUUAUGCAGUGUGCCCUAUGCCACGCUGGUCGUCUACCAGACAGUGCUCAACGUCCCCGACACGUCCGUCUUCUUGCUGCUCACGGCCAUCUGGCUGCCCAAAGUCUCUCUGCUGGCGAACCCUGUGCUUUUUCUUACUGUGAACAAAUCUGUUCGCAAGUGCUUGGUAGGGACCUUGGUCCAACUGCACCACCGCUACAGCCGCCGAAACGUGGUGGGCACAGGGAGUGGGAUGGCUGACGCCAGCCUGGAGCCCAGCAUGCGCUCAGGUAGCCAACUCCUGGAGAUGUUCCACAUUGGGCAGCAGCAGAUCUUCAAGUCCACAGAAGACGAGGAAGAGAGCGAAGCCAAGUACCCAGGUUCAGGGGCUCUCCAGGCCAAGGAGCUACUUCCCACCUGCCUGGAGGCAGAGCUGGGACCACAGUUUGCAACUCCCGCACCACCCCCGGGCACCGUGGACUCUAUCUCCCAGGUAGCACCAGCAGUGUCUGUGGAAUCUGAGACAUUUCCCGACAAGUAUUCCCUGCAGUUUGGCUUUGGGCCUUUUGAGUUGCCUCCCCAGUGGCUCUCAGAGACCCGAAACAGCAAGAAGAGGCUGCUUCCUCCCUUGGGUAACACCCCAGAAGAGCUGAUCCAGACAAAGAUACCCAAGGUAGGCAGGGUGGAGCGGAAGAUGAGCAGAAACAAUAAAGUGAGCAUCUUCCCAAAGGUGGAUUCCUAGCAAGGCUUGUGAAUUCUUGGAAGCCACAGACCUUUCCACAUUCCUGCUCUUCUUUCACUGGGCCUGUGAUUUGUAUGAUCUCAUUGCAACUCAGCAUGGGUUGCCUCCUCCUCUGUGGGCCAAGUGCUUAUGAAUGAGAGGGAAAUCUAUAUAUAAAAUCGAAUGUCCUUUUCAUUGAGGAUGUGUAUAUCUAUAUAUAUAUGUUUAUCUCAGUGAUCCAAGUCCUUAGUAAAGUCCAUGUUCCUCACAGUGGAGGCAAAAGCUGGGUAGUGGGGAACGGGUCUUGGGAGGGAACUUCAUGUGCAUUUUCUGAGGAUAUCUCAGUUCUGGGGCCCUGCAGAGAGUACACAUAGAGGAGAGUGUCUAUGGAGUGCCAAAGGGAGCAGGUAUUCUAAGAGAAGCCCAAGAUAAUUAUGGAGCCAUGUGACCAUAAAGAAAAUGCCUAUUAGAUUGAUUUUAAAAUGUGAAAGAAGUGGAGAAGAAAGACUGAGAAAUACCCACACUCUGUAGUCUUUAAUCUUCCCAGAUGAUCUCAUGAGAAAGAUUCUAUGCAGCAAUCAGCAGGGGUAAAGGAUAUUGAAAAUGAUGAUCUUGUGCCAACUUCUGGAAUUAAAAAUCAUUUAAAAAGGCAAAGUUAGUAUACAUGGGGGCCUCUGGAAAUGUCAAGCUAAAAAUACUUGAUUAGGAGAGGUGAUUCUGCCCAAAAGAGUGGGAAACAUUUGGUUCUCUUCCAGGGAAGACUCCAGACCCCAGGUGUUGCCAGUUUCAUUUUCAGUCUCUUUGUAUGACUUCCUUCAUUUUGGGCAUAAAGGAGGAACAAAACAGAGAAGGAAUUCAUCAUUGUAAAAUGCCAAGGCAACACCUAGCCCAGGUAAGCUCUUGGCUUCCUGUUUCCCAAUGAAGUUAUAGCAGGAGCCAGACAGGAUAGGAGAGGGAGGACAAUGUCCUCAACUGAUCAGUCACCUGGAGGCUCUCACAAGUGAUUCGAGACCACUUUGAGGUGGGUUUCACCAGGCUGAAUUCAAAGUACAGAUGACACUUCACUCUUAAUGAGAGCAAAUCAAGCACCAGCUCUGCUCUUUUCUGAUGGGUGUUUUGUUCUUGUUUAUUGUUCCUAAGGGAGCCAAUCCCGUGCCUUUAGCAAGCUUGAAGGGGGGGGGGGCGGCAUACUCAGUGGCAAGCAGCAUAUCCCAAAGGCAGUGGUCCUUGCAGAUCUCCUUGAACCACACUGGCCCUUGUCCCUUGGAGGAAGGUCAGACUGUGUGCGGGGAAUUUCUUUUUCCUGUCCUUUCCUGGGUGUGCUGUCUUGUGAUUCCUGACUGUGAACCCAAAGACCCUUCUCCCCAGGAGGGAGUGCCUUCCUCUUCGUGUUUGUCUCUUCUGUACAUUGUGUGCUCACAGUGGAAACAGGGGCCUGCCUGCCACCCGCUCUCUCAGGGCCCUGCAUGCCCUCUGUAUGCUUCACCCCGUGGCCCUUCAAGUUUAUCUUUCAGACAUUCACAGCUGUCACAGCUUUCAUCACGAAGGAACAUAAUCUGUCAGAAAAUUGUGUCCACUUUAGAAGAAUCUGUCAAAUGUAGCCACGUUGAUGUUCCAAUAAUGUAUAUGUACAAUUUAAUAAGUUCUUGUGAGCCAGAAUUUGGUAGAUAUUUCUUAUGUAUGUUUGAAGCGGUUGGUUGACAUCUAACUUGAUCAUGGCCAGGUGUAUUUCUGUACUCUUUGAAGAAUUAUGUUUUAAUAAAAAAAAUCAAAAAACAGUUUCUAAACUCAAAAAAA